AUGGCCAGGGACAUGAAGAGGAACAGGAACUCUUCAGCUUAUUUCUUCCUUCUCUUCUCGCUUAUUCUCCUCUUUGCAUUUUCAACAUUGUCCGUCGAAGCAAGGAAAAGUCACGGCCAGAAAAUGCAUCGUGGUCAGCACAAGAAACACAAAAACCAUAAAGGAAAUGUUAGUACUCCACCUAGAAGGUCACGCAUUCCCGCUCAUGCUCCUGCUUCACCGCCAAUAACCGAGUCCACCAUUUUUGAUGUCCUGUCAUUUGGUGCCAAGGGCGAUGGAAUUUGUGAUGAUUCCAAGGCGGUUGCAGCCGCAUGGGAGGCUGCAUGCAAGGUCCCCGGAGCUACUAUGGAGUUUCCGUCGGAAUUCAAGUUUCUUAUUAAGCCCAUAACACUUCAAGGACCAUGCCAGCCACACCUCACUCUUCAGAUAGAUGGCCUGGUAUUGGCUCCUUCGAAAGUAUGGUCAGGGCCAAAAUCAAGUUUGUUUCAAUGGAUAAAUUUCAAAUGGCUUCAGAAUUUCACUAUUCAAGGUUCUGGGAUUGUUGAUGGUCAAGGUUCUAACUGGUGGACUCCUUCGUCUCCAUUUGAUUCGAUGAAGCGGCCCAAAACCUUUCCAGACAUGAAACCCACGGCUUUGAGAUUCUACUCAAGCUACAACGUUACGGUUCGUGACAUCAAGAUCAUAAAUAGUCCGAACUGCCAUUUAAAGUUUGACAACUCCAGAGGAGUGAGGGUCAACAAUAUUACAAUCUCUGCACCAGAAACCAGCUUAAACACUGACGGCAUUCACCUGCAAAAUUCCCAAGAUGUAGAAAUUCACCACUCCAACAUCGGAUGUGGGGACGAUUGUGUUUCAAUCCAAACUGGUUGCAGCAAUGUUUUUGUGCAUCAUAUCAAUUGCGGUCCUGGACAUGGUAUAAGCUUAGGAGGGCUAGGUAAGGGUGGAACCGUGGCUUGUGUCUCCAACAUUAUUGUGGAUAGCAUUUUCAUGAAUAACACUCUAUAUGGUGCACGGAUCAAGACGUGGCAGGGUGGUCUUGGAGCAGUGAAAAAUGUGUCAUUUUCCAACAUAAAAGUAUCUGAUGUUAAGGUCCCAAUAAUGAUCGAUCAGUACUACUGCGACAAGCAUAUUUGCAAGAAUAAAACAGGAGCAGUGGCAAUAUCUGGGGUCAAAUUUGAUCAAAUAACAGGAACUUAUUCAGCUCAGCCCCUUCAUUUGGCCUGCAGCAGUUCGGUUCCGUGCAGCAAUGUUGAUUUAAGUGCCAUUAAUUUACAACCAUCGCUUGAGUUUCGUGGAUUGCGGGAUGCCUUGUGCUGGAACUCUUACGGGAAGUCACAAGCACCCCUUGUUCCAACAAGCAUUGAUUAUUGCCUGUUAAAGGGAGGUAGCGUCUUGCAAAAAAUAUCAAGAUCCCACGGGAAAUCUUGUUAG